UCUCAGCACAACCGGACAUCACAGCGGUCCUCGGGAGGGGCUACGGGUGCUGCCCUUCGCCCCACCCGUCAUUUAUCCAAUCUAGGAAGCAGGCGGGGAGCUGUGUGCCUUGUUUAGGGACCCUCUGGAGUGACCCUGUCUGUCAUUCUAUACCAGGUGCCAGCUAGGGACUUGCGCAGGAAGUCCGCCCAGCGGUCCCACCGGCCCUUCCAGUUUCUCCUUCGCACUCUGAUGGCUUCGGCACUCGGCCUCCUCUGCUGGGGGUUCUUCAGCCGGGUGUGCUGACCCUAAGGCUGCCCCAUGCACCUCCAGCGUCAGCCGAGCCCGACGCCCCCCAAGGGCGCGGAGCCCUUCCUCAGGAAGCGUCUGGCCUUCCUGACGUUCUGGGACAAGAUCUGGAGGCGGGUGAGCCAGAGGGCAGCAUCCCCGGGCCCCAGGGCCCUGACGCCGCCGUCGCCGGCCCAGAGCCGUAGCCCCCCGCCAGCCCAGCGACCGAGCCCCUGGCUAGCCCAGCGCCCUAACCCGCCGCCGGCUCAGCGACCGAGUCCCCCACAGAGCCCUGAGUCGCGCUCUGCGCCCCCCGCGCAGCUCUUUCAUGCGCUCUACAACUUCACCGCGCGGUGCGCGGAGGAGCUGAGCGUCACUCGCGGGGACAGGCUCUACGCCCUCAAGGAGGAGGGCGACUAUAUCUUCGCCCGAAGGCUCUCCAGCCCGCACAGCACCGGGCUGGUGCCCAUCAACUACGUUGCCAAAGCCACCCCUGAGAUGCUCUCAGACCAACCCUGGUACUUCUGUGAGAUCAACAGGACCCAGGCCCAGCAACUGCUCUUGUCCCCUGCUAACGCUCCAGGGGCCUUCCUCAUCCGGCCCAGCGAGAGCAGCCUUGGAGACUACUCACUGUCAGUCCGGGCCCAGGCCAAAGUCUGCCACUACCGCAUCAGUACAGCCCCGGGAGGCGGCCUCUACCUGCAGGAGGGCCGGCUCUUCCCCAGCCUGCAGUCUCUGCUCGCCUACUACAAGGCCAACUGGAAGCUGAUCCAGAACCCACUGCUGCAGCCCUGCGUGCCCCAGGGGAGUGGCUGGCAGGGCACUGAGCUGCCUUCCCUGCAGAGGCCCCCAGCACAGGACAAGUGGGAGCGACCUCGCUCAGAAUUUGUCCUUGGGAAGAAGCUGGGUGAAGGCUACUUCGGGCAAGUGUGGGAAGGCCUGUGGCAGGGCUCUGUGCCCGUGGCAGUCAAGACCAUUAAGUCAGGUGAGGCCCUCCGUCUGAAGCCAGCCUGGGGCGGUAGUGGGGGUGGCAUGGGUGGUCCUGGUGCAGUGUCCUCUCCUGCAGCCAACAUGAAGUUGGCUGACCUGGCCAAGGAGAUCGAGGCGCUGAAGACCCUGAGGCACGAGCGGCUCAUCCGGCUGUAUGCGGUGUGCUCCGAUGGAGAGCCUGUGUACAUCGUCACGGAGCUCAUGUGCAAGGGCAGUCUGCAGUCCUAUCUGGGAAGCCCCGAGGGCCGGGCCCUGAGCCUGCCGCUCUUGCUGAGCUUCGCCUGCCAGGUGGCCGAGGGCAUGGGCUACCUGGAGGAGCAGCGUGUGGUCCACCGGGACCUGGCUGCCAGGAACGUGCUCGUGGGCAAUGACCUCACUUGCAAGGUGGCUGACUUUGGCCUGGCCCGGCUGCUCAAGGAUGAUGUCUACUCCCCAAGCAGUGGCUUCAAGAUCCCUGUCAAAUGGACGGCACCCGAGGCCGCCAACUACCGUGUCUUCACCCAGAAGUCAGACAUCUGGUCCUUUGGCAUCCUGCUCUACGAGAUCUUCACCUAUGGCCAGUGUCCCUAUGAAGGAAUGUCUAACCAGGAGACACUGCAGCAGAUCAGCCGAGGAUACCGGCUGCCGUGCCCAGCCACCUGCCCAGCGGAGGUCUACACACUCAUGUUGAGGUGCUGGAAGGACAGCCCUGAGGAGCGGCCCACUUUUGCCAUGCUGUGGGAGAAGCUGGGCACCAUGCACAGGCACCUCCACCUGGCCCUCUUGUGACCAGGGCUCUGGCCAUGGGUGGCGGCCAGGGCCAAUGCUCUCUGCAGGGUGACCCCAGGUCAAGGCUGCACAGCUGGGAACCAAACCAGCAACUCCAGCUGUGGGCCUCCUGUGCUGACACGUAGGGACCUGGACACCUGCAGAUGGAGCUCAGCCACCCACACCCACCCAGAUGGCAGAGUGUCCUUUGCCUGGUGUGGCCUGUGUGCUUGGCGUCUCCAGGACAGAGGAAGCACAGAGUAGAGCCUCAGAGACACUGGGUGGAGAGGCCGCAGCUGGCCUUGUGCGGGUCCUCCUUGACUCCUUCCCAGGGUGAAGGAGGGAGGGGAAGAUUCCCCCACGUCCCACUGUGAGUUUAAGUGGCCAGCGCUGGGGCGCCCAGGCAGACCCAAUGGCACAUGUGUGCACAUAGGGCUGGCACUGUCUCCUGCCCCCUGUAGGCACUGGCAAACCUGGCACAUGUGGCUACACCCAGUAAAGAUGUUCUGAUUGACUCAG